CCAGAUGGUUACGAAUCGUACCAGCGUCUCCAGCGUGCAGCGUUCAUACAGUAGUUCAUACCUCCAUACGUACGUUUGUACGUUCAUACAAUAUCCGAAAUAUCAAUGUACGUACCGUAUGUAUCGGUAAUCCUUGUCCUACAGUACGUACUACGUAAGGGGUGAAUUACCGUACUCUUAUUGGUACUCGUACGUACUACAACAAGGAAAGGACGGAAAAAAAUAAAAAUGGCAUGCAAUUCUGUCCUUCGAUCUUCAACAACUGUCUUGUUCGGUACAGAUUCUGUUUCAAUAGUCGUUGUUGGAAGACUGCAUCGAAGAAUCCAUAUCGCACGGAAAUUUUAUCUUCGAUGAGCCGAGGGAGAAUGAUGAAGCAAUCCUUCGCGUCAACUGCAGCAGUCCUGGCCCUGUCGUCGUCCUUUUCGUCGUCCCUGAUCGGAAGUGUCCAUUCCCUAUCACUGAGCAUGAGUGCAGCCUCGUCGACGAGCAAGGCCGGCGCCAAAAGCAUCGUGGUGGUCGGUGGGGGCAUCCAGGGCACCUCCGUGGCCUACCAGCUGGCCCAGAAGGCGACGGCCGAAGAGCCACUCGAGAUCACCAUCCUGGAGGCCAAGGAACCCGCCUCGGCCGCCUCCGGAAAGGGGGGUGGCUUCAUGGCCCGAUCGUGGGGGGACGGUUCCCCGACGCAGGGCCUCCACCACCUGGCCUUUGACAUGUACGAGGACCUCGCGAAGGAACUCGGUUGUUCCUCCUACCGGAAGCUCCCCGUCCUAAGCGUUGCACCGGAGGGCGGGGGUGGCAUCCGGGGGAGCAAGGGAAACCCCCUGAUCCCCUCUUGGCUGGACGGAGACUCGAUCGGCCGGAUCUCCCCGAUGGGAUACGGCGACGACACGGCCCAGAUCACCCCCAAGGAAUUCGUGGAGAAAAUGCUGGAGGCGGCAUCGGAAAAUGUUUCGGUGGUACUGGGAACCUGCACGGGGGUCGAUGUCUGCGAGAGCAGCGACGAGGACGACGAACAGUCGGUCACCGGUGUGAGGUACCAGCCCCGCGGAAGCGAGGACGGCACCGAAAAAGUCCUCCCUGCCGAUGCGGUGGUGGUGUCGGCAGGGCCCUGGUCGUGCCAGGCCGAGGACUGGUUCGAGGGAUCGGGCGUCCAGCUCCCGAUGGAGGGGGUCAAGAGCACCAGCAUCGUCUGGAAGCAGCCCGAGGGCACCAGCGAGGUGGACGCUACAGCCCUGUUUUGCGGGGAAGACUACCGAUUCAACACACACCGUACGUGCCGUCCCAUGCCGCAGACGAACAUUGGUUUCCGCUGCGACGAUUCAAACGAAUCCAUAUCCAAUCUGCUCCUCAUUUUUCUUUUCUCUCUGUCUCUCUCUUUCCCAACUCGUCUAUUGCACACGUUGCAUUACCAAUGAAAACGGGGCAACGCAUCGGACAACAAUUAAAACGGAAUACGACAUCCACUCGUUUUGAUUAUUCACAACACUCUGUUCUAUUGCGUACGCGAAACACUUGCAGUGGAAGUCUAUCCCCGGCCCGACGGAACCAUCUACAUCUGCGGGAUCGGUGGAUCGGACUACAUCACCACGCAGGAACUCAAGCAGGGCGCCUACCGGGAGGUCAUCGAAGCGAACGAUUCCCGCGUCAAGGCCGCCUCCGAUAGCUUCCGGGAGCUUUCGAGUCUGUACCGGGAAAAGGGUGAGCUCGACCGCACCCAGGCCUGUAUGAGACCCUGUCCACCGGACGCCCUCCCCUACAUGGGGGCGAUCCCGUCCUAUACCAACGCCUUUGUCAACGCCGGGCACAACUGCUGGGGGAUUGCCUGGGCCCCGGCCUCCGGCAGGGCCAUGGCGGAGCUCGUCCUGGACGGGGCCUCUGAGAGCGUGGACCUCCGGCCCUUCGAUCCGGCGCGCUUCACACCCUCGGCCGGCAAACGCGGUGGCCGCGGCCGAAAGAAAAAGGGAGCGAGCGUUGGCGAGCAGUGGUAGCCAGUGGGGAGAACGACGGUGACGGCGGUUUGCGCUGGUUCGCUCGUGCGGAAAAUAGGUCCCGCAAAGACCUCGCAUUCCCUACAUGUGUGGUUCGUAGUGUGUUGCCUGGUUUUCACUGACCCCAUUGUUUUGCCAGCUACCACAGACAACUACACUGCGCCUUUUUAAAAAAAUUAAAGGCUUGUG